AGCGCGCGUGCUCCGUGCGGGAUGCUGAAUUGUAGGUGAUGAUGGCGGAAAGGGAGCGACGCUGAGUUCCACCCGAGUUUUUACCCCAGCUGUAAAAACCACCCACAACCACCGUUUCUCUCCGUCGACACCUAUCCCGAGGCCAUGGGGAACGAGGCCAGCAUGGAGGGGGAGGGACAGGCGGGACAGCCCGGCGCCGCUGUCCCUGCAGCGGGGGUGCUGAAUUCCAUUUCAGCACCACCGGACUCUGGACAGGUCCUCAAGCCCAGCAAUGGAGCACCAGCCGGAGGAAGUGGGGCUGCGUCCGGGCCGGGGAUUAACAGACAACCUCCAUCAGACACUGGGCCUAAAGCAGGAAUGCAAAGCACCCACGGAGCGGGCGACAGGUUGGCCUUCCACGAUUCCAGUCAACAUGCUGCGUCUCAAGGGGAGCAGGGACAGGGUCAUGUGUCCAGGAAGAAUCUGCAGGUCGACUUGGGCGGCGGCAGAACCGGAAGGUCCCCUUCUGCAUCCCCAGACCGUGGGAGCGUCCCUACUUCCCCUUAUUCUGUGCCUCAAAUUGCUCCGAUGCCCAGCAGCAAACUUUGUCCUGUCUGCAAAACCACCGACCUGAUGGGUAAUGGGGACGACAAACCCAGCUUCAACACCUGCACACAGUGCCACUCCAUGGUGUGCAACCAGUGUGGCUUCAACCCCAACCCUCAUCUUACAGAGGUGCAGGAGUGGCUAUGUCUGAACUGUCAGAUGCAGAGAGCUCUGGGGAUGGAUAUGACCACACCACGCUCCAAAAGUCAACAACAGAUCCAUUCUCCUUCUCAUCCAACCCAGCCUGAGCCCAAACCUGAUGCUACUAAUCAUCCUCCACCUCAGUCACAACCCAUCCCUCAGAAACAACCUAUUGCUCCAGCCCAUCCAGCGCCUGACCCAACCAAACAGCCUGCUCCAGGUGGCCCCAGUCAUCAACAGCCCAAAUUGCCACCAGGAGCAGUUCCUCUCCCUGGGAUGGCCAAGGCUCCAUCCCAGCCGGAUCUCUCUCGAGGCUCACCUGCCCACCAGCCCCAACACCCCCGCAAAGAUCAGACCCGUAGUGCGGGAAGCUCCCCAUCACGGCAGCCCCCACCCCCAGAGCAGACAUUUGGAAAGCUCUUUGGCUUUGGUGCCUCCCUUCUAAACCAGGCCAGCACUCUUAUAUCUGAAACUACUCAACCCCAGCAACAACAGGCCCCAAAACCAGCUCCCAAACCUGGGGGGCCUCCUGGUCCAGGACCAGGAGCUGAUAAAUCUUCAGCACAGACCACGCAACAAGGGCCACAGGCCCCGCCACAGCAACAGCGACAUGCUCCCCCCGAGGCCUCUAAGCCCAAAGCCUCCUGUCCUCUCUGUAAGACCAACCUUAACAUUGGCAACACAACAGAGGAACCAAACUACAACACCUGCACUCAGUGUCACUCCCAGGUGUGCAAUAUGUGUGGAUUCAAUCCCACUCCACACUUACUUGAGAAGAAAGAAUGGCUCUGCUUAAACUGCCAAACACAGCGCGCUCUGUCAGGAAGCUUGGGUGAUAUUCCAACUCCUGUGGCCCCCUCUAUGGGAUCUCCUCGGGCACCUGCUCCAUCCAAACAACAAACACCUCAGCAGAAAGCUUCCACUCAAGUUUUAGGACCUAGGUCUGCAGGUCCUCAACAACAGAAGUCUGCGGGUCCCCAAGUAAGUGGCCCCCCCUCUAAUGUGAAACAGGCUGGGCCUGCUCCUCAAUUGAAAGGGCUCAGCCAAACCCCAUCUCAAACUAAAGGUUUAGUUCAUCCACCCUCCCAAGCAAAGAGUCAAACACAGCCCUCAACACAGAAUAAGGGGCCAGCUCAGAGUAAAGGUCCAAGCCAGGCACAUGCUCAAACUAAGGCCCCGACACUGCCUGCUAACCAAGUGAAGGGCCCAAGUCAGGCCAAAGGGCCGACUCAGGCAAAAGGAUCUGCUCAGCCCUCUGCUCAGACUAAGGGCCCUUCUCAUCCCCCUGGUACUAAGGCUUCAUCUGGUCCUGGUAAAGCUGCUCCUAACACUACCAAGGCUCCUACUCCUUCAAAAGUUCCUACUCAGUCUAAACCCACAGGUAACAACCAGGCCCGCAAACAACCGCAAAGCCAGGAGAAGACUAAAGUCGCAUCUAAAUCUCUGAAAGAAGAUGCAAAAGUCUCAACUAAGAAGACAUUGUCAGAGACUGUGACUUCCCCACAAGAGAACAAGAUAGCUGAAGAAGACAAGAAGUCAAGACACCAUGAAGACUCAAAUAAAUCAAGUACACAGAGCUUAAGUGACACUGGAUACUCUUCAGAUGGGAUCUCCAGCUCACAAGGGGAGAUAACAGGUCAGAUCCAGGAAGGGGAAAUCAAGCUUAAUGAAAGAGGUGUUUCCAUUCCUUCAGACAUCAAAAAAUUAGAGAGCACUAUGAAGCCUCUGUUUGAAUCAAAGACUGCUACAGAUGCAAAGCAUAGACCACAUUCCCUUUCUGUGGGGCAAGAGAAAGAACACAUUCCUGAUGAGGAAGCACUAAGGGAUGAAUCAGAGGAUGAUCUAAGUUGUAAACUUCGCCAUGAUUAUGUGGAAGACAGCAGUGAAAGUGGUCUGUCACCCUUGCCAAUAAGACAAAAAAAGUCCCAUAAAGAUUUAACUGAUGAAGAAUAUAUGAGACGGCAGAUUAUGGAGAUGAGUGCUGAUGAAGAAGAAUUAGAAGAAUAUGGAAACCAGAAAACAAAAAAGAAAACUAGUGGAGAUUCAGGUAAAGAGAGGAGGCGACUAUCUCAUCAGUCAAAUAGUUUUGAAGAAGACAAAAAGAUAUCUGAAGGUUCUUUUAAGGCAAAUGAAGAAGAGGAUGUUGUUGUGGCAGGAGGCCUUCGCCGUUUUAAGACUAUUGAGCUAAAUAACACCAACAGCUACAACCGAGACAUUGAACUCAGUAAUGAGCAUGACCUUCGAGAACCUGAGCUUGAAAUGGAGAGUUUGACUGGUUCACCAGAAGAAAGAUCCAAGGGCGAUUAUUCAUCCACCCUUCCUGCCACCACUCCCAGCUACACUUCUGGAACAUCACCGACCUCUGUGUCAUCUAUGGAGGAUGACAGUGACAGCAGCCCUAGUAGAAGAGCAAGGCUUGAAGAAGCAAAACAGCAAAGGAAGGCUCGACAUCGGUCCCACGGCCCUCUGCUUCCCACAAUUGAAGACUCCUCUGAGGAAGAUGAGCUCCGAGAAGAAGAGGAACUGCUUAGAGAACAAGAGCAGAUGAGAGAUCUGGAACAACAGAGAAUUCGAAGUACUGCUCGAAAAACAAAAAGAGAUAAAGAAGAGCUGCGGGCACAAAGGCGCAGAGAACGAUCCAAAACUCCACCCAGUAAUCUUUCCCCUAUUGAGGAUGCAUCACCUACAGAGGAGUUGAGACAAGCUGCAGAGAUGGAGGAGCUCCAUAGAUCAUCCUGUUCUGAAUACUCACCUUCCAUGGACUCAGAAGCAGAAGGUUUUGAGAUGAUUGGUGGAAAGCUUUACAAAUCAGGAAAUGAAUUUAACCUUCCAACCUUCACAUCCCUCUACUCACCAACAGAGAAAACAAUGUUACCAUCUGACAAAACCUUAAAGAGUGCAGAGGAAGUUUAUGAAGAGAUGAUGAGGAAGGCACAACUCAUGCAGAAGCAUGGACAAAAAGGUGCCUCUCAGCCAGAUAGUGGUCAUCAUCUUGAUGCUGGAACAUCCCUAACACCUGGCUCAAGCCCAACACAAGUUACUGCCCCCUUGUCCUUUUCAACAUCAGGCAGUGACUCAAGAAUAGGAGGCAUGCAUGCUACACAGCAUCUGUCUAAAGAAACACAAAACAGAAUGAUGACACAGAGUGCCAAAAUUGAAGGAGUUGUUGGAGUUGCCACCACCAAAGGUCAAAUUACUCAGGCAGCCUCAGGUCGUCAGACUGGAGGUCCAGUGCCUAGUAGCAACAGAGCUGGGUCCCAGAGGCCAACUCAAGCAGUACCUGAUCCUGGAUCAUCCUCAUUGACCUCCAAGGUCUUUUCACUUUUUAAAGGACCCAGCCCCCCAGUCUCUCCAACUACUUCCCCAACACGAAGUCCAACACAUCCAACAUCUGUUCGACCGACUAGCGGUAGCAACAGGCAGCUACCAACCUUGCCCUCUGGUGCGACAACAGCUCCGGCGUCCCAUGGUUCACAGGUACCUCAAAGAACAAUGUCACCUCGUCUUGUACGACAGCAGUCAUCCCAAGAUUCACCUGUGAUGGUCAUAACACUAGGCUCUGAAAAGCCCAGCCCUGGCAAGCCAAUUACUGUGAAUUCAUCCACUUCCCCCAUAUCGUCACCAACAGAGGCCAGUUGUAAAACCUUGUAUGGCUCACAACCCCCUCCAACAACCUCUCCAACAUCACCUCAGCUGCAUUCAUAUCAACAGCAAAAGCAAUCUUCACAAAUUGGGCAGAAUAUAGAAAAAGUAAAUGUUGGUGUGAGUGCUGGGAUUACAAGCACACAAAGCCGUGCUUCAAAGGUUGUGGGACAAAGUCUUACCCAGCAAAGUACAAAUGUUGUGGAUCUGAGAGCUCCAUUAAGACCUGCUCCAAUUAUUAUGACAGAUCAAGGAAUGGAUCUAACAUCUCUUGCCUCUGACACAAGAAGAUACUCUUUAGGAACAGAGCAGUCAUCCACCAGACACACAGCAGUGCAGCCUCUUAUUAUGAAUCUCAAUGCACAGGAGCAGCCACAUGUUUCUGUAUCAACACCAACAACAGUGAGUGUAACAGUUGCAGGGUCAAUGUUCAUAUCUCAACCGAAACAACCUGUUGUAUAUGGAGACCCGUUACAGAACCGUGUGGAUCUAGGUCAGGGUGUAGGAUCAGCUGUUUGUUUAACCCAAAGUAAAACACCAGUUACUGAUCCAUCCAUACCCAAAAUUGAUGCCUGUCUGGAAAAUCUGGGCAUACAGCAGCAGCAACUGCAAUUACAGCAGCAAAAACUCUUGCAGCAGCAACAGCUUCUGGAACAGCAGCUCCAACAGCAUCAACAGCAGUCCUCUUUUGCUCGUUACAAUUUAGCCAAUCAAGUACAGCCACUGUUAGUAAAAAAAGACAUUGUAGUUUCCCAAACAAGCAGUGACCAACCUGUGGUGACAGCUAGUACCAUACCUAGAGUUUCUCCUCUUGCGCCACCAUCAGCGUCUGGGACUCUCGCUUCUAAUGUAUCCCUUGAAAUGUAUGGUGGAGUUGCCUUAGAGCUAAAAAAUAAGCCAACUGUUAUAAAUCUAUCAACAGGAAAACCGCAUAUAAUGAUGGUACAACUUGAUGAGAGUAACGCUUCAAAACAUGCCGUAGUGACUCAACUAGUUAAGCAAGAAGAGCAGACCCCUGCACCACCACCUCCUCCUCAGGUUUUAGAUUUAACUGGACAACUAAAACAAGAAAGCCAAGCAGUUUGUUGUGAUGUUGUUUACAAAUUGCCCUUUGCUGGUACCUGUUCAGGGACAUUCUCUCAGAAACAGACGGCAGGGCUGUCAGAUAAAAAUCCCUGCACUGAAGCUUCUCAAGCAGCACAUCCUCCUCAACCACCACAAUACAUUGUUAGCCAGCAGCAACAAUCACAACAUAAGUCUCAAGUUACACAAGAGGAACACAAACUAUAUCCACCAGCUAUAGCCUCUUCAGGUAGAUUACAAUCGUCUAUGUCUGAUACUAAUCUGCCUUCGAUGAGUGAUGCUGGUACCUACCAGAAUAAUUUCCAGGGUGGUCUGGCUGUAGACCUCAGCAGUAUGAAUCAAGGUUAUCAUGGUGGACACCUGGGCAUGGGAGCACAGUAUGGAUCUUACACAGACUUACGACAACAGGGCGAUUUUACAGGCCCUUCAUUACCUAUUCGUAGAUAUGGCUCCAUGUCAAAUAUUAACUCUGAUCAUGCCAGUGGUUCACGUGAUCUCACAGGAUCACAGGACUCUAAUCUUGCUCAGUAUAGUGCAACAACUGCUAGAGAGAUCAGUCGUAUGUGUGCAGCCCUUAACACUGUAGACCAGUAUGGAAGCCGUUAUGGAAAUAAUGCUGAACUGGCAGCAUAUGGGGCUGCAAGAGGUGGACCUUUAGCCAGAUUAAAUCUCCAGCAAAGCUUAGCAUCAAUAAGGGCAAAUUUGCUUUAUGGACCAGAUAGUAGACAAGCUGUGAAUGGCCAAGCCCUAACAAAUUUAAUUAAUGCAAGACAGGCAAGUAUACGUGCCUUGUACCCAACUUCUAUGAGAGGCGGUGAUGGAAUGAUUUAUUCUACUAUAAAUACUCCCAUUGCUUCAACCUUGCCAAUUACUACACAGCCUGGCCCAGUAAUUCGUCCCAUGCCAAGGGGAAUUUACAGGCCCUAUCCUACAGGUGUAACUGCAGUACCUUUGGCUAGUCUUACCAGAUUGCCUCAAAUGUCUCCCAGAAUGCCUCUCUCCACACAGGGAACAUAUUCAUACCCCACUCCAAACCAGUAUCCUACAUCUGUCACACCAACAGGAAGUGUUGCUGACUUAACCAGCUCCCAACAGGAAACUGCAGUAUACCUUGGGAAGCCUUUAACAACAACACCAGGACCAACAACUGCCACUAUUCCACCAACCCAACCUGCAGCACACUCAAUUACGCAAAGUAUAUCUGCAGCUAGUAUAAAAACCACAGGCGAACAGCAAAUAGAACGUUAUAAAUUAACAUCGCAAAGUAUUGCUUCUCCUUCUCAAGCUCAAGGCCAACCUUUGACUGCCCAACAAUUACAAGCUCAAAUGCAGACACAGCAAUUACCUACACAGAUGGAACCUUUAUCAUUGACUCAAACCCAACCUCAAACACAACAGCCUUGUCAGUCUCAAUCAGUAGUUCUGUCUCAGGGCCAGACACAAGCUGAAACUACUCAGACAUCAAGCUCCAAACUAUCCUCUCCAACUGAUGUGCAAAAAAACAAGGAAGAGGAAAAACUCAAUCAACAACAAGAGCAACUGCUGCAGCUAGAGAGAGAGCGGGUUGAAUUAGAAAAACUGAGGCAGUUGCGACUGCAAGAGGAGUUAGAAAGAGAUCGAAUGGAGCUUCAACGUCACAGAGAAAAAGAACAACUGCUUGUUCAACGGGAAAUUCAAGAACUGCAGACAAUCAAACAUCAAGUUCUCCAGCAACAGCAAGCUGAGAGGGAGACCCAACUGAUAAUGCAAAGAGAACAGUUAGCCCAGCAAAGAAUGCAGCUUGAACAAAUUCAGACUCUACAACAACAGCUUCAGCAGCAAUUAGAGGAGCAGAAAAGGCAAAAGACAGCAGCAGUUGAAGCAGUGGCAGCAGCUGCAGCUGCUGAGGCUGCUGCUGCAUCAGCUGCAGCAGUGGCUGCAGCAACAUCAGCCCAGAGUGCCAUCCAAGGGGUAGUUGUUGGAUCAGGGGCCCCUCAAGGAUUUAUAAUCUGUGAUCAGACUGGUAGAGUCCUUCAGCAAGAUGGACAGAGUGUGCAGUUUUGGCAAGAUGGACAGGUUGUCCAAGCAGUCAUGGCUGCUCGACCAAUUCAUAGCUCCACGUCAGAAAUGUCUUUAAGAAGCAGUGACAAGCAAAGCGAUUCUAAAAUGAUGAAAAAGCAGAAUUCCAUGCCUCGGUUGAGGGAUGGCUCAGAGGAAGAGUCUGCCAAAAGAAUUAUAGAUAGCUGUGUGCAAACAGAUGAUGAGGAUGGUGAGGAAAGGUACUUGAAUAGGCGAAGGAGAACAAGGCGUAUUGCAGACUGCAGUGUACAGACUGAUGAGGAAGACCAGGGAGAAUGGGAACAACAACCAGUGAGGCGUAGACGGUCUCGUGUGUCCAAGCACAGUGAAUCUAGUGCUGAUACAAAAUCUGAUGGCUCCUCCAAGGUAGUUUCUGCAAGUAUAGCUAUUCAGACCACUAAUGACUCAUCAUGUCAAACAGAGUCCGACCUACUCAGCAGAGUUUCACCUGCAAUUCACAUUACCAUGGCAGAGACCUCAAAAGUUGACCUGUUGCAUUAUAUAGCGGCUCCAGAAAGAACUCACAAAGGAGAGAGUCUAGCCUGCCAGACGGAACCAGAGUCACAUUCUCAGGGGGUAGUCACCCCAAAGCUGAGUGUCCCCACAACUAUUAGCCCAUACUCGACAAGUCUUCAUAUAGUAGGUGGUAAUUCAUGUGACACAGCUUCCCCUAGACUCCAAGGAGUGGCAAAGUUUGAAAGGAGGAAACCAGAUCCCUUGGAAAUCAGCUAUCAUCAGCAACAAAAUGAGUCUUCAUCUCGCCAACCCCCAAAAUUUCCCCAAGUACUGUACUCCCCAGUUUCUCCAUUGUCUCCUCAUCGGAUGUUGGAGACAACUUUUGCCUCCCAGGAGAAGCUUAACAAGGCCCAUGUCACACCCCAACAGAAGGCCUUCACUGCAGAAUCUCCGCAACGUCAUCAGUCUUUGCCAAGGCCCAUAAAAAGUGUGCAGCGCUCCAUGUCAGAUCCUAAACCUCUCAGCCCAACAUCAGAGGAUCCUGCCAAGAACCGGUUCUCCCCGUAUCAUCAAGUGCUUUCCAACAGUCAGAUGGGCUCCCUGCAGCAGCAGCAGCAGAACUCUCUGAUGAGGAAAGUAAAGAGGACCCUCCCCAGUCCCCCUCCAGAUGAAGCUCCACUUCCCAUUGUUACUCCAGCACAAAUGUAUAGCUCCCCCAGCAUGUCUCAGAGAGUGCUUCCAAGACCAGCCCAAGGAGUCACCAAGGCUGGCCUUUUGAGCGAAUUAAAAGUGGUGGAGCAAGAGUCAUCUAAGCUCCGUAAGCAGCAGGCUGAACUGGAGGAAGAAGAAAAAGAGAUAGAUGCCAAGCUGCGCUACUUGGAGCUGGGUAUAACUCAGCGUAAGGAAACCAUGGUAAAGGAGAGGGAGAGGAGAGAGUUAGCUUAUCUGCGAUGCAUGGGUGAUGCUCGAGACUAUAUGUCAGACAGUGAACUAAAUAACCUCAGGAUGGCUGCUGCAACUGGAGCCUAUGAUGCUAAUGGUUUACUGACAAGACCUAGUACUGCACCGCUAAGUCAGUUUACCAAUGAUCUUAAUGCAACAUCACAGUAUCCCUCAACCUCUUCUUAUAUGCCAUAUCCAUACCCUCAAAGUCAACCAUCAACACAGCAGCCUGGUUCUGCAUACCAGCCAAUAGGUUUUCAAACUCCUCAGUACCCUCCAUCCUCUGCCCCUCAGCCUGGAACAUUCCAGCCCCAUCCUCCAUCACUUCCUGGUUAUCAGAACCAGGGAACCUACUCCUCCCGCUUGUAUGGCCAGUCCUCCUACCAAAGUGACUUCACUAUGCAGCAGCAUGCUCACCAGGGCUUUCAUUCACCUGGUCAGCCUUUGCCAGGACAGAGCCUUCCCUAUCCAAGUCACAGUUCUUAUCAGCAUGGUCUGACCUACCAGCCACAGGCAGAGAUCCUUACCGUCCAUCAAAGACCGAGGCAAACCUCGUUGGCUGACCUUGAACAAAAACUUCCCACCAAUUAUGAAGUCAUUAGCAACCCAGCAGUUUCAGUGGCCACAUCUGCUCCAGAAAGCAAUUUUGCACCAGCUUACAACAAUGCAUUUGGACAAUACCGCCCACCUGAGCCUGGCCUAACUCACUCUGUGGACAGUCCCACUUCUGCUUAUACUUCAGAUGGUCUGUACACAUCCAACUUGGAGCAGAAUAUUCCAAGAAACUAUGUAAUGAUUGAUGACAUCAGUGAGUUGACUAAAGACAACACUGGUCAUCCUACUGAUGCUCAUGGUCAUUCCAUGGGAGGAAGGUAUCGCAGUGAGAAUGGCUCUGCACGAGGACCUGGCUAUGAGGAGCCUGUUGAUGCUUACGGAAGACCUACAGGAGCAGGUACUUACCAAAGCACAGUUGACAGUCGUACCAGCACCACAGUAAGUGGGGGCUCAUCUUAUUACUACGAUGAUUAUAAACAUCCCUCUCGCUCUGGUGGCCAUAAAAUCUCCUCCAAAAAUCUUGCUCCUGCUGUAGUCUCCUCCAAACGUAGUAAGCACAGGAAACAAGGAAUGGAGCAGAAGAUUUCCAAAUUCUCACCUAUUGAGGAAGCUCGGGAUGUGGAGUCAGAUCUUGCUUCUUAUACAAUGCCGACGUCAACUGCAGGCACCUGUCCAGCUGGGUCAAGAUCUAAGAAGCAUCAAGGUGAUGUCAGCUAUGGCAUAAAGAAAAAUGCAUAUGAUCAACAGAAAUAUUAUGGCACCAGCCAUGAAGGUCUCGAAGAGGAUGAUCGCAUGUACAGCUCUGGACGUUCCAGAUCUACUGGCUAUGGUAUGGAUAAGAUUUCCUCCAGGGAUGCAACAGGGCACCGCAGCAAAUCUUAUGAAAGAGAUGCCAUGGAGCGUUCUCAUAGAAGUAGCCGAAGUGGACGUCCUCCAAUGCGAGCUCAGAAUUCAGAAGAGGAGAGUCCACUUAGUCCUGUUGGCAAGCCUGUAGGUAUGGGAAGAAGCUCUGCCAUGUCUGAAGCCCAUGAUGUGAGAAACCAAUAUGGUUCCAGCCAUUCGCUACCAGAUGUGCAAGAUCACCAUAAAAAGGAGCUUCCCCGAAGUCAUGUCUAUAAACCAGAUGAUCCUUAUCUCGUAGAUGACAUGCACUGUGCUGUUUCUGAUAGUGAAGCCUAUCAUUUGGGCCAAGAGGAGACUGACUGGUUUGAAAAACCACGAGAGGCCCGCUCUGAUCGCUCAAGACAUCAUGGGAGCGGAGGUCACUCCUCCACAGGGAGGCGUAGUAAACAUACCUACCAUGACUAUGAUGAGCCUCCAGAAGAAUAUUGUCAACAGGAUGAGUACAACCAGCGCCACCCUUCUUCUUCAUCACGGGAUCAUCGCCACCACGGCAGCAGCUCUGGUAGACACAGUUCGUCCCGCCACUCCUCAGAGGACCCUAAAUCUUCAAGGUCUUCCAGGACCCACCCCAAAGAUCCAUCUGGUCGCACUGAUGGCAGGAUCUCCUCAUCCACCCAAAGGAGGAGUGGUACAGAGUCUCGCUCUGCCCAUGGAAGCCCACGCAACUCAGGCGAGUUCUCUCGUGAGCCUGUUUCUGGUCAUCACCAUGGCACUGGGGGACGAAGCCAAAGAGCUCAAGGUGAUCGGACAACUGGCAGGAGACCAGAUUCUUCCAAGUCACAGAACCUGCAGCCACCUCAGGGACAAGCUGGGCAGCAGCGAUCAGAGGGUCAGGGGCAAACAGGAAGGCAUUCAGGUUCUGAACAACUUGAUGGAAACCAGCAGGUGCAGCAGCAGCAGCAGAGUGUACAACAACAACAACAGCAACAGCCAUCACAGCACAAUCAAAGCCCACAGAGUAACCAGCAAGCUACAAGCGCAGGAGCUGGACCAGGACAGCAACAACAGCAAGCAAGACCUGCACAAACUCCAUCACAGGGACGCCAACCAGGAAUCGGGUCUGCAGCAGGGCAGUCAGCCACGGCAGGAAAAAUAGAUGUCCCUCCUGCGGCUGCUGGCACAGGAGUGAGACCUGCACCAGGAAUCACAGCAGCACCUCCGCCUACUAAAAUAGCCACGCCACCUCUAACCGGCAUUGGCUCUAAGGCAGCUCCUGUUGGAAUCGGAAGCAAGCCUGUAGGAAUAGGAAGCGCUGCAGCAGGUCAGGCCCCAGGUCCAGACGGGGAAAAUGUUCUAACCAAAAUCCUGCAGGGAGGGGCAGCUGAGCAGGCAGGAAAACUGGGAGAUGCUUUGUCUGGACUUGGGAAGAAGUUCACCUCAUUGUGGUGAACAAAAAUUUUGCAAGAGAUGAAGAAAUUAAAUGACAUGGACUAGUUGCUUUGCACCGAAAAACCUAUGAAACCACCUUACAUAUUUUUCACAUCCACCAUGAAAAAGAAGAAUGAUCCUAAAUGCAUCAGUCAAGCUGGAAUCAAAGGAUGCCUUGUCAGCAGUGAAUUCCCCAGACACGGGCUCUUGACUGAAGUGAAUUAAAUAAGGGAGAUCGCUUUGUCAGCAGGCUGGUACAAAACAUGAAUGGAGGACUGAAGAGGGAUACAAGUUAGUAAUGAGGAAGUGUCCAAGUAGAGGAAGAAAACACCACUUCCUUCUUGCUUUCUUUCCUCCUGCAUAAGGAAUAUCCCUGCAUGGAACCUGUGGGAAAGUAUUGCAAUCUUUACUAACAGAGGCAGGAGUGGGAGUUUAUCAGACAACCUUUCCAUCCAUGUUGCUGCUUUGCUACAGCUCUGCAAAAGAAGCCUUACAGCGCCCUCUGCAGAGAUUUCCUUGCAACGCCAGGCGCCUCUGUGGAAAACACGUUGCAAUAGGAUCUUUGAUUCUACAAUGAUGCUUUUUGAGCAUUCUCAAAAAAAAAAAAAGGUUGGAUUGCAUAGGUUUUUCUUGUCUCAAAGAAACCAGUUUUACCCUACAAUGACGACAUGCACCCGGAACGCACGAAGCUUUUAACAGCAACAAGAAACCAACUUGGAGAUUCCACGAAAAUCCUUUUCCACACUACAUUCCAGUAUAGGGAACUUGUACAGUUCUCUGAAUGUGUUUUUAAUUUCUCGUCUGUUCAUUACCGUGUCUACAGAAAGCAUUGUGUAAACAUGGAUGUGAGAAUGCACGUACAAAUGGAAAAAAAAAAAUGAAAACAAUCUAUAAAAAAUGAGCCCAUAUCCAUUCUUUUUUCACGACUUAAGAUGCCGCUACUCAUUAAGUGUUGGGUUUUUUUUAAAGGAAGGGACUUACUACCAGCGUGCCCAAACGUGUGAACUCACACAGACGAGAGGACCAAAUGAAAGAGUGGCCACGGCUCUUUAUCAGCCAUUGCUAAGCCAUCAUUAAAGACAUCCUUUUUUAUUAAUUUGUCUCAUCUGUUUUUUGUUUUUGUUUUUUUCUUGUUCUUUUGCCUGAUUUUGAAUGGAAGAGCCUUAUUCACGUAUUUUUUCACUUGUAUACCUCAUGUUUUAAAAUGUCCAUAUAAUUUCUUUUUAAUGUAUACUAUUGUAUGUACAUAAAAAUAUCAGAGAUCUAUGAUGUAAAUUUGUCAUUUGUGUAUUCAACGAGUCACUCUUCAGUGAAUUUAUCCAUUUUUAUGUUGUUGCUAUGUUUUUUUGUAAAAGUUUAUAUUUUCACUUUGUAUUUGUUUGAAUCUUGUUGCAUCAAAGGAUUUGCUUCUUGUUUUUAAAAGCAAUAGCAUGCAGCAAAUGGUAUAUAGCACAAUGGUAUAAAUGAUUUUUUUUUUUGAGUUAUUGAUUGAGGGAAAUAUCAAAUGAAAAGCAGUAAUAAGAUCUGUCAGAGGGUUUGCAGCCACAGCACCACAUGUACAGACAUGCAUGAUAAUGUUCGGAUGUGUAAGAGCAUGCAGACAGGCGGACGCACACUAUAUAUUUAUUCCUUACAACCUGAUACACACGUUGCAUCCCUCACAAUCCAAGUUCCACUUCAGAGCCAAGGCUAAUUGAGUUUUCACCAAAUGGACUUGUUAACCUCCUGGUGAUUAAUGAGGUUACCAAUUCACUAAAAAGCUGGGCCCACUGCCUCCGUUUCUGCAAGACACACACAGAACAACAUAGCUACAGGAGAGGACGAAAAGCAAUUAUCAAAGUCAAAUGUUCUAUGCAAUGAUUCAUUUUGAAUUGUGGAAGUUCUUUACUCUGAAGCAGUUUAUCACCAUUGCUGUAUUCAGGACAAAACAUUAGAAUCAUGAACAAAAAAAAAAAAAAAAAAACUGAACUAAGCCCGUUUUUACCUGGUCUCUUGUCUGUAUGAAUUUAAAUACUGAGUAUUGAUCUAGAUUUGUUUUUUUAUUUUUGCGGCAUGUUCUGAAAACCCCCCACUCUCCCGUCAGACCGGUGAAGGGUGGGGACUCGUUGCCAAAGGGUAAACUUGUGUAGACUGUCAGUUUUAUGAAUGUCCACCAUCACGUUGCUUUUCAAGCAUGGGGUUUUGCUUGGCUUCAUGGCUGUUUUUUUUUUUUUGUUGCUGUUGUUUUUUUGUUGUUGUUGUAAGCCCUCAUUCAGUUGUUGUGCAAUUUGGCUGACCUGUUUGGCUUGCAGUGACUGUCUGUGCUGCUAUGAACCUGUAACACAGAUGGUCAAGCAGUUCUCAUCAAUUCUUGUUAGUGUACAUAUUGAGUGUUAGUAUAACCUGUGGGGUGAAUGGAAUGUUUAUAUUUGAUAUACUUCACUGUUGACUCAACCCACACAGCGGCCAAGUCAUUUGAAAGGUGCAUGAUUAGAUUUUCCUUGGACGUUGCAGUAGAAAUGAUGAUAGAAAAAAGAAAAGUCAGGCAUGAUUUUAAAAGGAUUUGCCUCACAAACCUUGACUCAAACAGGCCAAUGAAGAGAACAUUAGUGAGUUAAAACGUUCAGCCAGUCAUUCACAAAUCAGGGCAUGUCAUUUGGAAAGCACAAGCCUGACUGGUGGCGAUUGCUGCUCACCGGAGUGCAGAAACAGAGGUUGCAUAACGGAAUCUCUUUUAAGAUGUGCGACAAAACAAAGCGGAGGUGCAGUGUGGUCGAUAUAAGAGGUGAAAACAGCCUUCGAUGCAGCCAUGUGGAUGAGCAGGAAGACAGAUGGACACAUUCUCAUAUUUCUUACUGUAAAUACAACCUCAUUCUUCUGUACAGCUUUUCAGUUCGGAGUACGGCUAUCAUGUGCAUCCCCAUGCCGUAUUUGCUGCCAACUUUUGUGUUUAAAAAUAUUUAUUAUGACCAUGAUGAUGAUGAUGAUGAAACUAUUAAUGAUGGUUAUUAUUAUUACUGCAUAAGCCUAGUGAAUGUGGCUGACUUGUACUGACUCUACAACAGUGGAAAAAAAUUCACGCACAUUUCCAUCCAUCCAAUUUGUGUAGAGUUUCUCUACAUAUUGUACUAAGAAAACCUGCAGCAGAAGGCCUUUAUCAGGCAAAAAAAGAGGUUAUAAGUUUUGAUGGAUGUGAUCUGCGAGAUGAGAUGAGGAAAAAAAAAAGAAGAAACUACAAAUCUGGAAAAUGUCAUUCACUGUUGUAAGUGCAAUGGGCAAAAUGUCAAUCGUGUAUCCAUUGUGAAACCCUUGUGUUCUAUUCAGUGUAUUCCUGUAAACAGAUAAGAGUACAUUUUGGUGCAUCAUGUCAAGUAAUGUGAAAAUAUUGACCCUGCAAUUUCCAAACGGAGAAACGAAUAAAAAGAAAGAAGUUUAUUGUGA